AUGGUGCAGCCGCCGAGCGGGGAAGUGGGCGGCGCGGAUCCCGCCGUUGCCGGGCAAGGGGCCACGAGCCAGGCGGCAGAGGCGCUUUACGACGAAGAAAAGGCCGCGCUGCCCUGCCAGGGCCCGGCGCACGACGCGGCGGACGCUGCGCAGCCGGGUGGGCGCUCGUGUUGCUGCCGCUGCUGCUCCCGCGGAGGGAUUCCCUGGACGCCCGGAAUAAACAAGAAAAAGACCUGUCCGGGACUUGGCCUGUUCUAUACAAUGCUGUCUGCUCUCUUCUUCUCAGUGGCUUCACUAUUUCUAAAGAAGGUUGAAGAUGUGCAUUCAGUAGAAACCAGUGCCAUUAGAUGUGUGUUCCAGAUGGUGUUUGUUCUUCCUGGUUUAAUAUACUACAAGACAGGACUUCUGGGACCAAAAGGCAAAAGAGUCAUUCUCUUCUUCCGAGGAUUACUUGGCUCUGGUGCAAUGAUUCUUCUCUAUUAUGCUUAUCAAGUAAUGCCUCUUGCCGAUGCCACGGUCAUUACUUUCAGCAGUCCAGUAUUCACAUCACUACUGGCCUGGAUAUUUCUGAAGGAGAAAUACAGUCCUUGGGAUCUUCUUUUCACCCUGUUCACAAUCGUUGGAGUGGUGCUGAUUGCAAGGCCGCCUUUCUUGUUUGGAUCCAAAGUCAUAGGAAUUGAUGGGAGCUACACAGAUCAUCUGAAAGGGACAAUAGCAGCUGUUACAAGUGCAGUGGCUGCUGCUUCAACUUUAGUUAUACUAAGAAAGAUGGGGAAAUCUGUGCACUAUUUUCUAUCGAUUUGGUAUUAUGCAGUAAUUGGAUUAAUAGUCUGCAUAAUAGCGCUUUUUGUAAUAGAUGCAUGGAGUUUGCCUCAUUGUGGCAAAGAUAGAUUUCUCCUAAUAUUAAUUGGACUGUUUGGGUUGGGUGGUCAGAUAUUUCUUACAAAAGCAUUGCAAAUAGAGAAAGCAGGUCCAGUUGCUAUCAUGAAAACUAUGGAUGUUGUGUUUGCUUUUAUCUUUCAAAUUCUUUUCCUCAAUCACUUACCAACUUGGUGGACAGUAGGGGGGGCCCUCUGUGUCAUAGCUAGUAGCUCCGGAACUGUUAUUCGGAAGUGGAGGCAAAAUUCAAAAGAAGCUAAACAAAGUGAAAUCUAA